CAGAAGACGCCAUCAUUAUUCCUUUUACUCCGUGCUUUACUGCGUGAAGAGGAAGGUAGAUCAAUAUCCAGUGAUUUGUCUGAAUAUAAUACAUAUUCAUUCCUAUCAGUCUCUUAUAAAUUGUUGAAAUAAUAUAUAUUGAGCUUUGCCAUAGUAUUUGAGGUGUUUUGGUAUUAAUUAACUUUGAAAUUUCUGUGUGAAAUGUCCUACAACACGAGACGACAGACCGGUCAAGGAAUGGGUAUGGGCCGGGGAUCUGCUCAGGUCUUGUACCAUCAGCAGCAAAGAAAUGUUCCGACGAGAAUGCAGCAGUCACCUGGGCCAAAUGCACCACAGCAUGGCUAUAACACACAGCAGCCUAUUCAAACUGUUACAGCUGGAUAUGCACCCCAACAGAACUCUCCUGGGUACACAACACAGUCACAGCAGCCAUCAUCUGGUGGCUCUACCCCACAGGGCUAUUCUUCUCAGCAGUAUCAGAGUCAGAAUCAGCAACAGUCGCAGAUCCCUUCACAGCAGCAGCAGUCGCAAAUCCCUUCACAGCAGCAACAGGCCCCACCACCACCACCACAGCUGUAGGCACCAUCACCGCAGCAACAGCAACAGCAACAGCCACAGCCACCACCACAGCAGCAACCACCACAGCAACCGCCACAACAACCGCCACAACAAUCCCCACAGCUGCAGCUACCACAACAGCAACUGCAGUCAACUCCGGUUGUUGUGAAAACUGAACCCAUAACUCCCAAGCCUGCUGGUGUGGGAAUGGAUAUAGAAAGUGAAGCCCCAACAGAAGGGAGUGGAGAAACUGGGAAAGUUAAAAGCUGGCAGCUGAAGAAGAAAUUGCCUGGUUUCAAAGUAAAUAAGAAGGUAAAGAAGCGCCGUCAGAAUGCUCGCUUGAGGAAGAUUUUGCAGCCUAAAAAUGCCAUUAUGGUUCUCAAUGAAUUAAAGACUGGCAUUAAGUUUACUUUCCAAGAACAUACAAAUGCCCUAACACAAACAAUGUUUGUUGUUAAUGCGGAGGUAGACGGGAAGAUCCAUACUGGUCAGGGACUUUCCAAGCCAUUAGCAAAACAGAAUGCUGCUGAAAACGCCCUGAAAGCUCUUCUUCUAGAGAAAAUGGCACAGGCUGCAAUGAAAGCAGAUAGCUCUGAGGGACUUGAGCCCAUGCAGGAGGAUACAAACAGUGGUACAGGAAGUGCUCCAAAUACUGAGGGAUCUGAUGAGGUGUCAGAUACAAGCAAGCCAGAAACCCCAGAGGAUGAAGUUCCAUGGGGUAAUCUGGCAUCAUUUGCUUUAUACAAACUGUUUACGGAAUGGCAAAGUCAGGGGACUCACGUGCCCAUUCCGAAACAAACAAACGUUUCUCCCAGCAAACAGAUUCAAGCAGCUCCUGCUCCAAUGAAGAAGAUUCCUGAAAACCCAACCGAUCGUCACCCUGUGAUGCUGUUGAAUCAGAUGAGACCAGGAAUACAGUUUACAGAGAUCUGUCGAGAAGGAACUCCUCCAAACCUCACUUUCACUUUGGGGGUAACUGUGGAUGGAAAGUCAUAUACUGGAGUUGCCAAAAACAAGAAGGAUGCGAAGAAGGAAGCAGCCAAGGCAGCACUUGCAGGUUCUCUGAAUAUUUUCUAUGAAUGAGCCAUUGAAAGUGUUGUACUGUCACAGAGUAUAUGUUGAAUGGCGUUUCUUCAAGUAGUAAAAGGGAACUUCUUUUUCUGAAUAUUUUCAUUGCAUUUGAGAAGAUACUGCUACACAUUGAACAUCAGCUAUCAUGCUUAUAUCCUAAUGAGUCUCAUUUGACAAUUUUGGAAUCCAUUAAGUAACGAAACUCUCUGUAUAACCUUUUAUUGCCAAUUUUGCGGUUAUUUAUGAAGGGAAGUGUAAGAUGUAACUUUUUUUUUUCUAUCAUGUGAGAAAACUGGUAGUGUUUUGAGAAAUAUUUCUUGGCUUUAUUUUAGGUGAGAACCUCCAUGUAGUUGCGAUACUAUUAAGAAUUGCGCAUGGGGAAAGUUUUAGUGCUAGGCUUCUGUAUUCAAUUCAUAUUGGUGAGCCUAUAUGUAGGACUUGGUUUAGAAGCUUUCAUUUACUGACUCAUUUCCUGCAUCUGUACUGCUUUGGAAUAAACUACAUUAUUUUUAAAUUUAUGUAUUUAUUCUAUUUGGAAAGUGUAUGUUAAUGACUCCUUAUUCUGAUACAUAGUGUGAUAUGUAACUUUUUUGUGAUAGUGGUUUCCCUUUCAGUAGAAUGUAGAGCACAUGAAUUUGAGAACUGGGAAUUUAUGUGCAGUCCACACAUUUAUUGGAUGCCUUACACUGUUGAAUGCUCGGGCAGUAGAUGCAAGAAAUGUUCAGACAACAUACAGUUCCAAUGGAAAUUUUAUUACCAAGAAGAAGGUACAAGUUAAGGGUUGGGAAAAUGUACAUAUUUAAUCCUUCGUGGUGGCAUAAAAAUGGCCUGCUGUUUUUCUGGCCAUUUCAGUUUGUAGCAGUGCCAUUUUACUGUCUUUAUUUGCCAGCAUAUGAGGUGGAUCCACAAGGCAGUUGAUUGAAAAUUCAUGAAUUACCAGUCUCAUUUCCUUUGUUGGUAACAGUUCAAAAUAGAAAUGCUAGCUGCCACUUUCUUCUUGGCUUACUCAAGCCUGAAAUGUCAGUGAACUUAUCAAGCAACAUGGUUGCACCCCAAAAGAUAGUGUUGUUCAUAAUAUAAAUUCAUUAUUGGUGAGAUUGUUUUUGUAGUGAAGCCAAAAUUAGUUUUAUAAUAAUUCUGCCAGAGUUGGGGCAAGAAAUUUAUGUGCUG